AUGAACUCUCAAGGGAAGUUGCCAUCACAAACAGAACCAAACCCGAGGCAAAAUGCAAAUGCAGUGACACUGCGAAGUGGAAAGGUACUAGAACCAAUUCCUGGUAGAAAUCUUGGCCAAGAAACUGCCCAGGAAAAACCCAAAAACGAUGAACAGGUCCCAGCAAAACCCCUACUGCCGAAAAUUGAACCUCCAUUCCCAAGUCGAUUAAAUCAGUUUCGAAAAAGUAAUGAAAAGGUAAGUGUUAGUGAGAAUGUAUCCGCAGUGUUACAGCGAAAAAUGCCGGCAAAAUGUAAAGAUAGAGGUUUUUUGACGAAAAUAGGUGCUAUAAUUCAGUUGGUAGAUAGGACUGCUGUACACUCCAAAGGAGUCCUUGAGGAUGUACUGGUAAAAGUUAACGAACUUAUUUUUCCUACAGAUUUUUAUGUGAUAAAGAUGGAGGAGGAUAACACUACUGGAUCUUCGGACCUCCUGUUAGGCCGACCUUUCUUUAGUACCGCUAGCACUAAGAUCGACGUUCGAAGCAGAACUCUUACGAUAGAAUUUGAUGAAGAGAUCGUGAAGUUUAAUGUUUACGAUGCCAUUAGUCAUCAAAGCGAAAUUUUGAGCUUAUUGCCUCCAUCAAAUACUAAAAUUUUACCUUCUGUUGUGCAAGCUCCAGAAUUGGAAUUGAAACCGCUUCUCGAACAUCUUAAGUAUGUGUUUUUGGGGAAAGCUCUUAGGUACUUGAUAGCAAAGAAGGAAGCAAAGCCAAGGCUCAUCAGGUGGAUUUUACUGCUCCAAGAAUUUGACAUUGAGAUUCGUGACAAAAGGGCGUAUAAGGGAACAAUUGGCAUGACUCCGUAUCGACUUGUUUUUGGCAAAGCGUGUCAUCUGCCAGUAGAAUUGGAGCAUAAAGCUUAUUGGGCUAUUCGACAAUGUAACAUGGAGUUAGAGCCCGCAGGAAAGGCAAGGAAAUUGGACAUUCAAGAAUUGGAGGAAAUUCGCAAUGAUGCCUACGAGAAUGCUCGAAUUUAUAAAGACAAAACAAAGGUGAUCUUUUCAACUUGUGCAAGGAACGGCUGCUUUGUACAUUUUGGGAAAAUUGCACAGUCAGUUCGUUGGCUUUCUGCGUCAGAGGUUGGCGAAUCCAAGAGACAAAACGGCGUAGUAUUUGCUGUUGGGAAGUGA